GUUCAACACGCCCUUCGUCGACUGCCAGUGACUGUGACCCCCUCUUCUACACCUUGAAGUGCGCAGAAGAUGAGCUACACAACUACUCAGCUCUCCCUCGCUGCCGCUAUCACCGUCGCAUCCUUGGCUCUCGGCUUCGUCGUCGGGAAGUCAGAGACGGAGGCGGAAAUUGCGCGGGAGGUGAUCCCGGGCUCUUCCAACUUAGCCUCGGGGUCCGCUGCUGCAGAAACAGAAGCCCCACAGGCCAUACCCGACGGCGAUCUCGCGGCCGUAAAGGCUGGGUAUGUCGAGCCAUGCAAGCUAGUGCUCGUCGUCCGUACCGACCUCAAACUUCCCGCCGGAAAAAUCGCAGAGAGAUGCGGGGACGCGACUUUGGCUUCCUACAAGACUUUGAUAGCUCGUAAUCCCCAGCUCGUCAAGCACUGGGAGCGGACAGGACAGGCCAAAAUCGCGCUGAAAGGAUCAUCUCAGAAGCAGCUUGAAGAACUGGAACGCACCGCCAAGGGCCUGAACCUAUGUGCGCGGGCAAUUCAGGACGACACCGCGAAGGACGGUCCAGCGACCGUAAUACUCGCCAUAGGGCCGGCUCCUGUGGACCUCGUAAAUCGUGUUACAGGAAAAUUGCGCCUUCUGUAGUUGCAGAUCCCUACGCCUUCAUUGUUAUCUGUGCGCAUAUAUGCGUUCAGUAGAACGCAAUGCACCUAGCCAAUUGAGAGCGACCCGACGGGACAACGUUGCGCGCGCAGAUAGUGGUGUGUGAGCUAAUAGUACA